AUGCCUUUAUGCGCCGCCAUGUCAAAACAAAACAAGCGGCGCAGCAAUACGUCCUUGUUAAAUGAUCCUAACAAUCACCUAGCCCAUUCCCAUCGAGGAUCUGACGAAGAUCACUACCGAGCACUCCAGACCAGCAAGGGUUACGAGCAUGACAAUGUCGGAAACUGGAACUCACAGAUUAUCAACACCGUCCUCAAGGCCCUGAUCACCGCCACCGCACCUUCCGAAGCCUCCAAGCCCCCUCCCUUCCGUUUCACCGUGAACAGCACAAUCGUCCAGCAGGGCGUGAUUGACGAGUCCGCUGCCGCGGAUGGCGCGCUCAGCAACGCCGGCAAGCGUGGUAUGCACUCUGCCUCCGGUGCUUUCUGGGAUGUGAACCGUGAUGGCAUGUGGACUUUCAAGUACACUGGUGCCGAGGAGCGGGGGCUGGACGUCGUUGUCUGCGUUACCUGGUUCGCUGUUGUUUAG